UUGACGGUCGCGUAUUGCUAUUUAUGUGUCGACGUUAAUAUCGAAUGGCAUGUAUGUCUUAUCGUCCAUCCAUGACAUUUGGCGAUAUGAAAACAAUAUUUUUUGAUUGUUUAUGCGAUUUAUAAUUACCAACAACGCCCAAUAUGAGUUCUGGUGCUGUUCGGACACCUGUUUCCCAAAUAAUUCACAACAAAGAUGAUCAGGAUGUCGAUGACGAGCCAAAGAAGAAGUCACGCGAAGAUUGGCGCAAGGCAAAGGAGCUGGAAGAGGCCCGAAAAGCGGGUACUGCACCAGCCGCAGUCGACGAAGAGGGUCGUGACAUAAAUCCACAUAUACCGCAAUACAUUUCCAAUGCGCCCUGGUACUAUGGCUCACAGGGGCCCACAUUGAAACAUCAGCGCCCACAGCAUGAGGAUGAACGUGGCCAAUUGGACAACAUAGCACCCAAGGGUCUGGACACGACCAAAUUCGUAACGAAGUUUCGUAAAGGCGCCUGCGAAAAUUGUGGCGCCAUGACGCACAAGAAAAAAGAUUGCUUGGAAAGGCCGCGAAAAGUCCAGGCCAAGUACGCCGAAUCGAUUGUGGUGCACGACGAGCAUAUUGUGACCGAUUCCUCGAUUAACUACGAUGAGAAGAGAGAUCGCUGGAGCUCCUACGAUCCGGCUAACCAUCGAGAAAUUAUCGAGGAGUAUGAAAAAGUAGAGGAAGCAAAACGACAGCUAAAGGCUGAGAAACUAAAGAAUGAUCCUGAUGCUGAAAUCUCUGGUGAUGAGGGUAACGAAGAUAAAUACGUUGACGAGGUGGACAUGCCUGGCACAAAAGUCGAUUCGAAGCAGCGUAUUACGGUGCGUAAUUUGCGUAUACGCGAGGAUACAGCAAAAUAUUUGCGUAAUUUGGAUCCGAAUUCAGCUUACUAUGACCCGAAGACACGCUCUAUGCGAGAUAAUCCCAAUCCAGCCGUACCUGCGGAGGAAGCGGAAUUUGCCGGAGAGAAUUUUGUUCGUUUCUCUGGGGACACCACAGCACAAGCAACUGCUCAAUUGUUUGCAUGGGAGGCGCAUGGUAAGGGUGUUGAUGUGCACUUGCUGGCCGAGCCCACAAAGCUGGAGCUGCUCCAAAAGGAAUACGAACAGAAAAAGGAACAGUUCAAGUCAAGUACCAAAACGGAUAUUGUAGAAAAGUACGGUGGCGAAGAGCACUUACAGGCGCCGCCAAAAUCGCUGCUGCUCGCCCAGACCGAGGAAUACGUAGAGUAUUCGCGUAGCGGCAAGGUCAUUAAAGGCAUUGAGAAACCAAAAGCCCGCAGCAUAUACGAGGAGGAUGUGUACAUUAACAAUCAUACGACCAUAUGGGGUAGUUUUUGGAAUGCCGGUCGUUGGGGCUACAAAUGCUGCAAAUCCUUCAUUAAGAACUCAUAUUGCGUGGGUAUGCAAGAACCGGAAGGCUACUCAGAGCAGCAACAGCAGCAUACCAUAUCGAGUGCGGCUUCUGUUGCAGCUCCAGUUGUAGAUGCUGUACCACGCAUACAGGCGGAAGAGGAUGUUGAGAAUAAAGCAGCUGACUCCGAAGUAGACUCUGCGCACAGUACAGAAGAGUCUUCCGAAUCUGAAGAGGAAGUAAAGCAGAGCAAAAAAUCUAAGAAAAAAUCCAAGAAACGCGAAAAGAAAAAGAAGGCCAAGGAACAGCGAAAAAACAAAAAGAAACACAAAGAAAUUAAAGAAAAAGAGACGUCCACGUCCAAAUCAAAGCAUAUAUCUGAAGAGGUUGAUGAUAGGAAGCGUCCAUACAACAGCAUGUACGACGUUAAGGCGCCCACCGAGGAAGAAAUCGAGGAAUGGAAGAGAAAACGCACUCGCACCGAUGAUCCCAUGCUACAAUUUCUAUAAACAAUAGAACACUAAAUACUAAAUAAUAGAUGAAAAAGCAGAAACUUGGAAA